AUGGUGACUUUAACUAAAUUGGAAAAAGUCCGUAAGGAAGAGAGGGCCAAAGAAUUCAAGCCCUUAAUCGACGAUCUUACGAAAUGCUCAGAACAGGACUUCAUUCAGAAACUAACACAGAUCGUAAUCUGGGAUAGAUCGAGAGAUGACCUUUAUACCUGGAUUCCAGUUUUAAAUCGAAUUGACGAUUUUUUGAACAAAAUUCUAGAUCGCUAUUCUUACAAGAGUUCUAAUCGCAAAACGCAGCCGGUCAAAUUGACCAUUAUGAGCUACCAAGAUGAAAUGAUUACAAAGGAAUUGUUGUGGUUCAGCUGUCGCCUACUCAACAAUACUUGCAAUCGCUCUUUAUACUCCUCCCUCGACGUUAUGAGUAACCUACUCAACUGCCCAAAUUACAGAGUCAAGCUGGGUGCCAUGAAAGUUAUAGCCAUCAUGGGUGAACAGCAAGUAAUCGCCAGGCAAAAAAUCGACAACAAAAACCUUCUAGGAAACAAAGAUUUGAAAAGAAAAGCCUUAGAUUUGGCUUUAGCACUUCCCUCCUCUACUACUGAUGAUAGCAUGGAUCAUUUCGCUUUAGUAGAUCUAUACUUCGACAAGAAGAAAUUCCCAUCCAAGUGGUCCAAACUUAACUUCAGUUACUAUACUAGCACCUCCAAGCCUCAUUUACCCAAUAAACCUGGUAGUGGCUCAUUGAAACAGUUUGUGGUUAGUUCGGAAGAGAUUUCCAGUCUUUCCCUUCAGCAACUAUUUGAUAGAGGCAUGUCUGAGAUCCCAUCAGAAAAGUGGUUUGACUUUUCUUUACAAGCCACAAUCGCUAAAGCCUUUUGCGACAAUAACUUCGAAAAUUUGGAAAUGAGAAAUCUAAUCAUACAGACGAAAUUCAACGCUAUGGCAUUCGUCAAUGCUGUCUACAUUCCGGCACAAGUGAGUUCUCAAUUGUUCGAGAUUGACCCUUAUGCUUUCAACAAUUUAACGGAUUUUAUUUCACUCUCUGAGCGGAAACUACCGAAGGACUUAAGAAUGGAUGCUCUGUUUUGUUUGGAGUGCGUAUCUCUCAAACACAUCUGGUGUUCCGACAUUGUGAGAAAUUUGGGUGGUAAUAUGUCUCAUGGGCUUCUUUUCCAAAUUCUAAGGUAUAUUGCCAAGCUGCUGAGGGACAAAAAUUCCGAAGAGCUAGACGAAGAGUACAAUGUGAGGUUUUUUUACCUGGUUUCUAAUUUGGCAGAUGUAAAGGCCUUACAAGAAUCUAUGCUCACUGCAGGUUUAAUCCCAAACUUGUUAGAAGUAAUAUCCAUAAAGGACUCUCCUUUCAAGCGCACAUUGGCAUCUGCAACUCAUCUUCUUGAAGUCUUCAUCGAUGACGCAGACGCUACUACUGAAUUUAUAUCAAACAACGGAUUCAACAUAUUGAUUGAAUGCGUUAACGAAGAAGUGAACUUUGCCUUAGACCAUCCCGAGUUUGGCGAACCACCAAAAUAUCCUGUCGUUUACUACUCCAUCUCGUUCCGACAAUUAGGGUACAUUAGGAGCUUGUUAAAGCUUGUAUUGAAGUUAUUAAAGACAGAUUCGGGGGACAGGAUCAGAAAUCUAAUCGACUCUCCCAUUUUGGUUUCGCUGAAUAAGAUUCUCGAAAACAGACCCGUGUUUGGCUACACGCUCGUCACAUAUGCAUUAGAUGUUGUUCAGACUAUCAUUAAUACUGAGCCCACAAUCUACCCAAUUUUGGUUGAAUCAAAAACUAUUCCUUAUAUCUUUGAUAACUUUAAAGAGUUUUUGGGACCAUCAGGAGAACUUCUGUCGCUUUUGCCGGAAGUGAUUUCGGCUCUUUGCUUGAAUACUGAUGGUUUGAAACAAGUUAAAGACAAAAAUUUAAUCAAUUACCUCUUUGACAUCAUGAAAACGCCGGAACUCGCGAAGAUUUUGUCAUGGGAGGAUUCUGCGAUUGAUAUAGGUACAUCUAUUGAUGAGCUUGCAAGACAUUAUCCCGAUCUGAAGCCAACAAUUGAAAUCAACUUUGAGGAAACCAUCAAGACUCUGCCGAUUAUAAUAAAGUUUAGCCACCCCUAUGUCUACAAGUCAGUGACGGGGUCAGGAGAGUUUUAUCAUUCGAAAGAGGACAAAAUAGUAGAUAAUGAGGAAAAUUCAUCUGAGAUUGAGGGAGGCGCGGCAGAGCUACCAUCUUCAAUUUUGGACUGCUUUUCAGCUGUAUUCUAUGGGAUGACACUUGAAAAUGUCUCGUGGGCCAGUCUUGCUGAUAAAAUCGAUAUCAAAGAAAUGCUUGCCGUUGUAAUUCCGGAGCGACCACCCUUCGACUACGUGGGUUCUCAGACGCUAUUGAAUUUUUCUGACAUCUUGAAACUAUUUGACGAUGAACGCAGAAACUAUGCUCUUCCCGCUUUAUUGAGCCUUUUGUCCGAAAAACUGAAUGGAAUUACGGAGUUUUUGGAUUGCAAGUUUGAAAAGUCAUAUGUCCUCUCAACUCCUUACGAUGAACUCGAAGAAACCUUACGAAAGCUCUCAGUUAUCAAUGUGAUACUUUAUGUCAUAACAGACAUAUAUAUCAAUAUUGCAUCAUUAUUUCCAAUUAGGGUUCUUCAAGUAAUGGAGUUUUUCGAGCAUAAUGGCUUCGAUCUCAUAUCAAAACUACGUUUGUUGUUUCAAAGAAGUUCAUUAGAGGAAAUGUACAUUCGUGAGAGAUUGCCAGAACAGGUUGCCAGUGAAACAACUGUCAGGCCGAUUGGUAACACACCUCCCUUGACUCUAUAUGCAAACAAACCUAAAAAAUCAGACACAGUUGAUGAUAAAACGUCAGCUAAAUUCAAAAACACUCUUCAAGAGCGCCAUCUAUUCGUCAAAAUGCAGUCUUGGGUGUCCAUGCUCUUUAGGUGCUUUUUAAGGAUGACUCACGCCAGAAAGAUGACAAUAGAGGCACCAGAUAGGGCGCUCGAGAUCAGAAUAUUUGACACUACAGUGAACGAAAUAGUAAACAUGAUGGAUUUGAAAUAUUUGGAAUCGCAUCUGAGUUACUUUCUAGUGAUAUUCAAUUUCAACACAUUUGUCUUCACUUUCCCCAAUGUAACAACAUCGGUUGGCGGGACUAUUCAAACCAUUCCUGUAUUUUUGUUUUACCAAGCCGGUGGAUUCAAAAUUUACUUUGACGCUAUAAAAUCCCUCUUUGCCAAGUUACAAACGUUCGAUAAUGUUGAGGAUAUCGAAAAAUAUGACUACGUCAAAGAUUCUGAUGAAGUUUUGACGGCCAGUGCGCUCAUAAACGCUUUAUCCUUUUACAACAAAUCUAUUCAGAUGGACACAAUGGAGAACAUCCGGAAUACUAAGGAAUACUACCCUUAUGAUGAAGUAUACUACAACUUGACCAUUGCCACGAUUGUGCCCGUCAAGAUUCUAGCACUGGGAAUGGUUGACGAAGUCACAAAAGAUUUUUCUAUCUUUGAUCAUAGCUGUAACAGAUUACCCUAUUCCGUCUUUAAACAACUUUUGAGCAUUGUUAGAAAUGUUUUUAACAGCAGCUCUGAAGGUGAAGAUCACGAUCUAUAUGAGCUGAGAUGGGAUCUCAUGCCCCCUUCGCACAGAAAAAUUGAGAUGCUGAAAGCUUGUGGUGUCACAGAGGACAUUGCAAAAGGGUAUCUGGAGGAGCAAAAAGACGAUUUGCCAAUACACGUCAAGCCCGAUAUCUUCUCCGAUAGCGAAUGGGACAAGUUUAAGGCUUUAAAAGAGUCCGGUGAUUGGAAAACAGACUUGAGACUUUUGGAACCACAGUACAGAAACUUUUCCUCUGUUAGUGAUUUAAACAACCUACGUCUAGAGUUCUACUCUAGUGGAUUCGAAGAUCGCAUUCUGCAGCUGCUUCCUUCAUAUCCUAAACUCAUUAACGCUAUAUCGCAUAUGAUUCUUCAAAUCCUAAAAGAGGUAGACGAGUCGCCUGUGAACAUAGUGGGAAAGUUGAUGGAUAUGAUGCGUAAUAUUCAGCUCAAUAACGCGCAUGUUCUGGCCCCCAUCAUCCAUCUUUUUGGUAUCUUACUGAAUAAUAAGGGUAUUUAUGACGAUUGCGAACACAACAUAGAGGACUUUGUUACCUAUCUGAAAGACGCGCUCCGCCCCGAGUACGUCAAUUCUGCUUGGUUUUCAAAAGCCCUUUAUGUUUAUGAAAUAGUAUUUGCGAAAUCAGAAGCACCUAAGUCAGAUGAGUCUGCCGAAGUCUUUGAAAAUAACUACAAUGUUACCUGCCCACCAAUAUUCACAGCUUUCGAAGUAUCUCCUGAAGCAAAAGGGAAAAUCUUCAACUCUCUAAUUCGAGUUGACGAAAUUACCGACUUUUAUUCCGCUCUUGCAAUAUCCCGCAUACUGAUCCUGUACACGAAAGAUCAGCACUACGCUUAUGAGGUAACUCAAUCGGGCAUUCUUUCAAAGCUGCUGAAAACUAUUGGGGUAUUUCAACGAUCUGACAAGAUAAACUACCUUGAGUCAUCGUUUUUGCUUCUAGCAAGGCGAUGCUUCGAAAAUGCUGAAACGGUAAAGAGCUUGAUACAAUACGAGCUGUCGCGUGCUUUCACAACAAGAGCGAUAGGAGACUCUAAAGAGAAGCCAAGAGAUCUUUCUGGUUUAGUUUCAGAGAAGGCAAAUAUUGUUAUGCGGGACCCUAAUGUAUUCGUGAAUUGCGUUUGCGAAACAGCUCGCUUUGAAGAUUUCGAAAACCCUGAAUCCCUGCAAAAUUUAAGCGUUCGUAGGAUUAUGACCGAGCGCGAUGAAGAAAUGAGCGACGUUACUUCUCAAACUGAGGAUAAGCUCACCUUGAGCAAUAGGACAGGAAUUGUUCACCUUCUUUUGUCUCAAUUAAUGGCUGCAUAUAAAAAAGAUUGGACUUCUGAGCCGCCUAGAGAGGAGGAUAGUGAAGAUGUGAAAAAAAAGGAUGUGGUAAAUGUUGGAAGGAAUCCGGUCUGUGCCUACAUAAUAUUCUUGUUAAAGGUCUUAAUUGAGCUCAUUGGGAGCUACAAGCAGAGCAAACUGGAGUUUCUGACAUUCAACAAGAGGAACCUGUAUGUGGAAUCGCCUAAGCCACGCACCACCGCUCUCAAUUUUGUUCUCUACCAACUGUUAGAUACUGAGAGCCGGGAUCAGGACAAGCACUAUACCGAGAGAAAGGAAGUUGUUGGUAAACUCGCUCGCGACCUAGUUGUUAGUUUCGUGUCCUCAGUUCAAGACCAAGAAACUCAGAAGAAAGAUCCAAAGACAACGGAUCCAGAUAUGACUUACAUUAGAAAGUUCACUAUCGAAUCAGUCACUAAAGCUUUAAAAACUACCACCAAGACAACCAAGAGCCUAGAAGCUAACGUGGGGAAACUCUAUGGCUGGUUACACCUCAUAACAUCUUUCCUAUUGACCGAUCGAAGCUACCUUCAUUCUGUUUUGGAUUCCAACAAGACGUAUGUUGACAAAUAUCAAAUAGGGAAGCUCAUGAUUGACAUGAAUGUGCCUUCGGCCAUAGGUGAUUGUAUGGCCUCGUUGGACUUGAACUAUCCUUUUUCCAAGAGGCUAUUCAACAAAAGCAUCGAACCUUUGAAUGCCAUGAAUGAGAUACGCAGCAGAUUUUCUGAACUCUUCAAAAUCGAGAAUACUGAAGAAGAUGAUGAUGUGGAGGACGAAUCUGAGAAAGAGGAGCACUCUGACAUGUUUAAAAACUCGGCGCUCGGCAUGUACGACGUGGAAGACAUUGAAGAUGACGAGGAUGAUGACGCUUCACUUAUCGGCGAAGACGAAGACAUAGCAUUUGUUGAGGGCGAAAAUGGAGAAAUAGAGGUCGUCUUCAGCGAAGACGAGCAUGAUCAUCAUCAUCAUCAUCAUCGCCACCAUCAUAACGAAAGCGAUGGGUCCGAUUCCCACCAUGUCGAUGAAAGCAGCGAUUCUGACGAGAGUAUGGAUUACGAUAGCGAAGAUGAUGUUGAUAUCGAUAUCGGCUCCGGCCCACAAUCCUCCAAUUACGACAGACGCGGUGGUCAUGAUGAUAUAGGCAGCGAAGACUCAUCGUACUACACAGAAAAUGAGGACUCGAUGAACUUUGCUGGUAUUAAUGACGAUGUGAGAGGUCAAGUAACUAAUGUGGAUCUUAACAGUUCAGAGCUGGAUGAGAGUGAUUGGGAGUCUGGUCUCUCGGAGCUCUCGGGGUCGGACGAAGAAAGCUCUGAGGACAAUUAUAUUGAUGAGGCAAAUGGUGGCGAUAGGUGGUUGGCAGAUGAAGUCAAUAUUGAAGAUGAUUCCGAUGAGGAAGGUAGAGGUAUUUUCAGUGGUAUUCAGCACGUUUUUUCUCCCGAACCUCAGUACUUCAGGAUUCAUGGACACAAUCACGGCAGUCAUCGUAAUCAGCAUAACCAUGGUAGUCGCCGUUCCGACUUUUCAAUGGUGGCGCCUUCAAUCAGUCUUUUGAAUGGCAAUAGACGUACACAAAGUAUUCUAAUGAAUCCAUUGGGGCCAUCAGGGCUCGAAGAGAUCGAGAAUGGGAUAAUAAAUCAAUUGAAUAGUUCUGGGAAUACGAACCGUUUGAGAAAUGACUCCGGUUACCUCUCUGACGUGCUUUUCAGUGGAGAAUUCUUUGACGAGAAGUCAUCGACGGGUAUUGUUCUCAAGUCUACUACUGCUAGAUGGAAUGAUAUUUACGAGAUGUUUUACGACUCCAAAGUCUAUGUCAAUAAUGUCAUUCCCACUAUCGUUGGAAGAAUCUUCCCACCAAGCUCAGAAUUAUAUCUCAGGAAGCGCAAUGAGGCUUUAGAGAAAGAUCAAGAACAUAGAAAGAAGCGGGAGGAGGGUAUUAAAGAGGCAGAAUCUAAGAAAAGGAAAGUUGAAGAAGUGACUACUAAUGACUCUGAAGAUAGCGAUCGCGAGAGCGAAGGCGAGCAAAAUCACGAAGACCUAGAACCUAUUAUGGUUGAUAUUGCUGGCGAACAAGUGGACAUUGCAGGAACUGAUAUUGACCCUGAAUUUCUGAAUGCACUACCAGAUGAAAUGAGAGCAGAGGUUUUCGCUCAACACAUCCGGGAGCGUCGCGCUGAAGCAUUUGAGCGGACAGUUGAUUCGAGAGAAAUUGACACUGAUUUCUUGGAUACGAUCCCAGAAAAUUUACGCGAGGAAAUCUUGGAGCAAGAAGCAGCAGAAUCGCGGUUCUCGAGAUUGAUGAGCGACGCCAGUGGGAGAGAAAAUGACAACAGUGCAACGGAGGAUGCUCAUGUCGAUCAAGAGGAUGACACGGGUGUAGUAAAGAAGAAGGCUGAAAGGACCUAUUUCUCUCCUCUCGUUGACCGUUCCGGUAUUUCGGCACUCAUGAGAUCACUAUUCAUCUCUCAGCCAUAUCUUGCGAGGGAAGCUUACCAUGAGCUCUUCUUCCGUUUGUGCUCUAGCAAGCAAAAUAGAAGUGAUAUUAUGAAUAUCUUAAUGCUCAUCUUAACUGAGGGUAUCAACGACCAUAAAUCUCUGGAGAAAGUUUACAACCUGAUUUCCAACCGGGCUCUGGGUAUAGCAAAAUCGACAAGCAAUCGAAUGCUUCCUGUGGAUUGCACUCCUUUGAGUGUGGCAAAUCAAACAAUAGAAGUACUUCAAAACCUCGUGGAAACUGAAAACAGACUCAAAUUCUUCUUUAUCACGGAGCAUGAAAACCUGUUGAUAAACAAGUCACCGCUAAAAAGCAAAAAGGACAUUUUUACCAGGAAUAUGAAAUGGCCUAUUAACUAUCUUUUCAGUCUUUUUGACAAAAAGAUUAUCACCGAUGAAUCUGUUUUGUUAGAUUUGCUCACGAGAAUUCUGCAAAUCAUUACCAAGCCAAUUUCCACGAUUGCAAAAAGUGCAAGCGAAGGAUCUCAGAAGAAGUUCACCAUCCCUGAUAUCGAAAGGAAACACUUGGAGGCGAUUGUUUCGAUAAUUAGACUGGAUGCCUGUAACACGAAGGUUUUCCAACAGACGUUGAAUAUUAUGACGAAUUUGUCGACGUUAAAGGGCACACAAGACAUCUUCACUGAAGAACUUUGUGCUUUGGCUAUUCAGACAGUCGACAUUCUGAAACCUGAUUUAAAUGCACUAAAUUCUGAAAUUUGCGAAGUAGAAAAUGGGACUGAAAUCAAUUAUGAGACUAUACAGAAGUUCACCGUGCAUAGUUCAGAUCAAGCGAAACUUUUGAAGGUCUUGACCGCAAUCGAUUAUCUUUACACCAACAAGAAGAAAGCUGCUGAGAUUGACGUUGACAAAUUGAUGGGCCUUUACGAUAAAAUUAGACUUGGAGGUGUUUGGACCUCUUUGGGUCAUUGUUUAGAAAAGUUUGAAAAGAGACCCACGCUGAGUUCUUCCGCUAAUAUUUUACUUCCAUUGAUAGAAUCUCUCAUGGUUGUAUGCAAGCACAGUAAAGUGCGGGACUCAAAAGAUACCUUAAAGUACGAGGAAAAGAAGUCUGACUUUAGUGAAAUUGCUGCUGAAAAUACCUUCUUUGCCUUCACUGAUCUGCACAAAAAGCUUUUGAACCAAAUGAUUAGGUCAAAUCCCAAACUCAUGAGUGGCCCGUUUGCCUUACUUGUCAAAAACCCAAGAAUUUUAGACUUCGAUAACAAGAGGUAUUACUUUAUUGCGAAAGUGCGUACUAAUCUCCAAGAAAAGCCGAAACUUUCUAUUUCGGUUCGACGCGAACAAGUUUUCCUGGAUUCCUAUCGCUCUCUUUUCUUCAAAUCCAAUGAAGACAUUAAAAACUCCAAAUUGGAGAUUACGUUUAAAGGCGAAGCAGGUGUUGAUGCAGGUGGUGUAACGAGGGAAUGGUAUCAGGUUUUGUCACGCCAGAUGUUUAAUCCAGAUUAUGCCUUGUUUUUGCCUGUUGCCUCCGAUAAGACAACUUUCCAUCCGAACCGUACUUCUGGCAUCAACCCUGAACAUUUGUCGUUUUUCAAAUUUAUUGGUAUGAUCAUUGGUAAAGCUAUAUGUGACCAAUGCUUUUUGGACUGCCAUUUCAGCAGAGAAGUCUACAAGAAUAUCUUGAGUAAGCCUGUCGCUCUUAAAGACAUGGAAUCAUUGGAUCUCGAUUAUUACAAGUCACUGAUAUGGAUUUUGGAAAACGACAUUACUGAUAUCAUUGAGGAGACUUUCUCGGUUGAAACAGACGACUAUGGCGAGCAUACGAUUGUCGAUCUAACUGAAAACGGGCGCGACGUUCUAGUAACUGAGAAAAACAAACAAGACUAUGUGAAAAAAAUUGUCGAGUUCAAGCUUCAUACUUCAGUGAAAGAGCAAAUGGAUAAUUUUCUACUUGGUUUCUACGCCAUCAUUCCAAAAGAACUGAUAUCGGUUUUUGACGAACAGGAACUUGAACUACUUAUCAGCGGAUUACCGGACAUAGAUGUGGAUGAUUGGAAGAAUAAUACAAACUAUAUCAAUUACACUCCAACCUGCAAACAGAUUAGCUAUUUCUGGAGGGCAGUGCGGUCAUUUGACUGCGAGGAGCGUGCCAAGUUGCUUCAGUUCGUGACUGGUACCAGUAAAGUUCCGCUCAGUGGUUUCAAAGAGCUAACAGGUGUGAAUGGAAUCAGUAAAUUCUCAAUCCAUAGAGACUACGGUGCUACCGACAGAUUACCUUCUUCCCACACCUGUUUCAAUCAGCUAGAUUUACCAGCUUAUGAUUCGUAUGAGCAGUUAAGAGGAUCGGUCUUACUGGCCAUCAAUGAAGGCCAUGAAGGAUUUGGUAUAGCGUAA